AUGGACGAAUCGCAGGGCAACUCCGAUAAAAUGCAACCGAGAUGUGUGGACGACACCUUCGCGCAGUUCACCAGUUUCGGAACGGCAUAUCUGCGUGCCAUCGAGAGUAUGCGCUCUGAUCGUAUCGUUAACGAUCCUUUUGCGGGGCGGCUUACUCGCCAGAAGCGUGUGGAUCUAGAAAAGUUCUUCCUUACAACGUCGAAACCGAGUAGUUUGUGGGGAGACUUCAUCGCAAUUCGUACCCGGUAUCUGGAUGAAGCAUUGGAGCACCGUGACGGCAAUAUUCGCCAAAUUGUGAUCCUCGGCGCAGGGUUGGAUACCCGUGCAUUUCGCUUGGAUUCUCUACACGGAUGUCAUAUUUUCGAAAUCGAUCAAAGUGGCCAAGCUUUCGAGCGCAUGGACCAAGUGAUGAAGGAGGAAAAUGUACCGCUAAUUGCUAAGAAAGCCGACUAUAUCGUCGCGAAUCUUGCUGACGACGACUGGGACAGUAAGUUGUUAGCUCAUGGAUUCGACCCGAGCUCCCCUACUUUCUGGAUCAUGGAAGGUCUCCUACCGUACAUGAAACGCUCCUGUAUUUUGACGUUGUUGGAUGCACUCGAUGGUAUGUCCGCGCCUUGCAGCGAGUUCUGGGCUGACAUGGUUGGCGAGGCAACGUUCAAUUUUGGGGAUACUGCUGUCACGAUGAAAUACUCCGAUGAUGACCCUCUCCAUGGUGUUCUGAGCAAGAUUCCCUGGUGUUUGAGACUACAAGCGUCACUAAAAAACGAUCGAAUCCAUUUUGGACGCAAGUGGACGCCACUGAUCUCCCAAGAUACCAACAAGACCGUUUCGAUUACGUUCAUUAUGGGCAAGAAGCCUGUUUCAAGUGAAGCUCGUCUGAAAGAUGUAUGCCCCGGUUUGGACUAUUAACUUGCUAGCUAGCUUUUUCUACAAUGUUGCGUUAAAUUAUAAUGCAGACAUGCCAUGCUUCUCAUG